UCUCGCGGGAUUCGCAGAUCUCGCGGGAUCUCGGCGGGGCCGCGGCUCGGGGGUUCUGUAAGCACCCGGCUUCCCCCCCCCUCACCCCGCGGCGAGCGACCGGGACGGCGCCGGGCCGAGGAUGGACUGGUUGUGAUUCCCGGCGGAGCGCGAGGACUACCCCCCCCACCCCAAGAUGAAAGUGGAUCGGACGAAGCUGAAGAAAACCCCCACGGAGGCGCCCGCCGACUGCCGGGCCCUCAUCGAGAAGCUGAAGGCGUGCGGCGACGAGCAGCUGCUGGCCGAGCUGCAGCAGAUCAAGACAUGGAACAUCGGGAAGUGCGAGCUGUACCACUGGGUGGAUCUCCUGGAUCGUUUCGACGGGAUCCUGGCGGAAGCGGGCCGCCCCGUGGAAAACAUGUCCUGGAUGUUGGCCUGCGAUCGGCCCGAGCGGGAGCAGCUGAAAGCUCUGCUGCUGGCGCUCCUCAACUUCACCGCUCUCCUCAUCGAGUACAGCUUCUCCCGUCACCUUUACAGCUCCAUUGAGCAUUUAACGACAUUGCUGGCUUCGUCGGACAUGCAAGUGGUGUUGGCGGUGCUCAACCUCCUCUACGUCUUCAGCAAGCGAUCUAAUUACAUCACUCGUUUGGGGUCCGACAAACGAAGCCCUCUCCUUUCCCGCCUUCAGCACCUGGCCGAGAGUUGGGGCGGAAAAGAAAACGGAUUUGGGUUGGCCGAGUGCUGCCGGGAUCUUCACAUGCUGAAGUACCCCCCCAGCGCCACCACCCUCCACUUCGAGUUCUACGCCGAACCGGGCGUCGAGGUGAAGGUGGACAAGCGGGCCACCAGCACCACCCUACACUACAUCCACAUCGAGCAGCUGGACAAGAUUUCGGAGAGCCCCUCGGAGAUCAUGGAAUCCCUCACCAAGAUGUACAGCAUCCCCAAAGACAAACAAAUGCUUCUCUUCACCCACAUCCGCCUGGCCCACGGCUUCUCCAACCACAAGAAACGACUCCAAGCGGUGCAAGCCCGGCUCCACGCCAUCUCCAUCCUGGUGUACUCCAACGCCUUGCAAGAGUCGGCCAACAGCAUCCUCUACAACGGCCUCAUCGAGGAGCUGGUGGACGUUCUCCAAAUCACCGACAAGCAGCUUAUGGACAUCAAGGCGGCUUCUUUGCGCACCCUCACUUCCAUCGUCCACCUGGAGCGAACCCCAAAACUCAGCAGCAUCAUCGAUUGUACCGGAACCGCUUCCUAUCACGGUUUUUUACCCGUUUUAGUCCGCAAUUGUAUCCAAGCCAUGAUCGACCCCUCCAUGGAGCCCUAUCCCCACCAGUUCGCCACCGCUCUCUUCUCCUUCCUCUACCACUUGGCCAGCUACGACGCCGGCGGCGAGGCUUUGGUCUCCUGCGGCAUGAUGGAAGCGUUGCUAAAAGUGAUUAAGUUUUUGGGGGACGAGCAGGAUCAAAUCACCUUCGUCACCCGAGCCGUGCGGGUGGUGGAUCUCAUCACCAACCUCGACAUGGCCGCCUUCCAGUCGCACAGCGGCCUCUCCAUCUUCAUCUACCGCCUCGAGCACGAGGUGGAUCUUUGCCGCCGCGAGUGUCCCUUCGUCAUCAAGCCCAAGGUGCAGCGUCCCCCUGCCGCCGCUCUCCCCGAGGGCGAGGAGAUGGAGACGGACAUGGAGGUGACGGACGUAGCCAUGGAGAGCAGCCCCGGUCCCUCGGCCGAAACCCGGCAGGAUCCGACUCCGGCAAACGCCGUCGCCGUUCCCGGCACCAGCGCCGCCGCUUCCUCCUCCUCUUCCUCCCCGCGCGGCGGAGUCCAGUGCAUCCCCCAACGCGCCGCCUUGCUCAAAUCCAUGCUGAAUUUCCUCAAAAAAGCCAUCCAAGAUCCCGCUUUUUCCGACGGAAUCCGCCACGUGAUGGACGGCUCGCUGCCCACCUCCCUGAAGCACAUCAUCAGCAACGCCGAAUAUUACGGCCCUUCGCUUUUCCUCCUGGCGACCGAGGUGGUGACGGUCUUCGUGUUCCAGGAGCCUUCGCUGCUCUCCUCCCUGCAGGACAACGGCCUCACCGACGUCAUGCUCCACGCUCUCCUCAUCAAAGACGUACCGGCUACCCGGGAGGUUUUAGGUUCGUUACCCAACGUUUUCAGCGCUCUUUGCCUCAACGCCCGGGGUCUGCAAUCCUUCGUGCAGUGCCAACCCUUCGAGCGGCUCUUCAAGGUGCUGCUCUCCCCCGAUUACCUCCCCGCCAUGCGACGCCGACGCAGCUCCGACCCCCUCGGAGACACAGCCUCCAACCUGGGCAGCGCCGUGGACGAGCUGAUGCGGCACCAACCCACCCUAAAAACCGACGCCACCACCGCCAUCAUCAAGCUUUUAGAGGAGAUUUGCAGCUUGGGUCGGGACCCCAAAUACAUCUGCCAAAAACCCUCCAUGCAAAAAGCGGACGGAACCGCGACGGCCCCCCCUCCCCGUUCCCCCCACGCCGCCGAAGAAGCCUCCAGCGAGGAUGAGGAAGAGGAGGAAGUUCAGGCCAUGCAGAGCUUCAGCGCGACCCAGCAGAACGAGGCCGAACCCAGCCAGCAGGUGGUGGGCACGGAGGAACGCAUCCCCAUCCCCCUGAUGGAUUAUAUCCUCAACGUGAUGAAAUUCGUGGAGUCGAUUCUCAGCAACAACACGACGGACGAUCACUGCCAGGAAUUCGUUGCCCAGCGGGGGUUGCGCCCCCUCGUUACGAUUUUGGGGCUCCCCAAUCUCCCCGUCGACUUCCCCACCUCCGCCGCGUGUCAGGCCGUGGCUGGAGUCUGCAAAUCUAUUCUGACGCUGUCCCACGAGCCGAAGGUGCUGCAGGAGGGCUUGCUGCAGCUGGAGGCCGUUCUCUCCGCGCUGGAACCCCUGCACCGACCCAUCGAGGCGCCGGGGGGGUCCGUGCUGCUGCGGGAGCUGGCGGGGGCCGGCAGCGUCCCCGACGCCACCCUCUCCGCUCAAGCCACCCCCCUCCUUCACGCCCUCACCGCCGCGCACGCUUACAUCAUGAUGUUUGUUCACACGUGUCGCGUCGGGCAGAGCGAGAUUCGGGCGAUUUCGGUGAAUCAGUGGGGGUCCCAGUUGGGAUUGAGCGUUUUGGGGAAACUGAGUCAGCUCUACUGCUCCUUGGUGUGGGAGAGCACCGUCCUGCUGUCGCUCUGCACCCCAAAUAGCCUCCCCCCGGGCUGCGAGUUCGGGCAGGCCGACAUGCAGAAGCUGGUGCCCAAGGAGGAGAAGGCGGCGCCCAGCCCCCCCCAGGGGGGCAAGAGGGCAGAAGGCGAGGCGGAGGGUCCCGGCGCAGCGCCGGCCGCGGGCAGCGACCCCCCCGCGCCGCAGGGCCUGCUGGAGGGGAUGGGGCUGGAGAGCGACGCCCUGGCCCCCAUGGAGACGGACGAGCCCAGCGUCGCCGACCCCAAGGCCAAGGCCAAGAUCACCCCCGCCAUGGCCGCCCGCAUCAAGCAGAUCAAACCCCUGCUUUCCGCCUCGUCGCGGCUGGGCCGGGCGCUGGCGGAGCUUUUUGGGCUGCUGGUGAAACUGUGCGUGGGAUCGCCCGUACGCCAACGCCGCAGUCACCACGCCGCCGCCGCCGCUCCCGCCCCCACCCCGGCCGCCCGCGCCACCGCUUCCGCCCUCACCAAGCUGCUGACCAAGGGGCUCAGCUGGCAGCCCCCCCCUUACACCCCCACACCCCGCUUCCGCCUGACCUUCUUCAUCUGCUCCGUGGGCUUCACCUCCCCCAUGCUCUUCGACGAGCGCAAGUUCCCUUACCACCUCAUGCUGCAGAAAUUCCUCUGCUCCGGCGGCCACAACGCCCUCUUCGAAACUUUCAAUUGGGCGUUAUCCAUGGGGGGUAAAGUGCCGGUAGCGGAAGGAUUGGAGCACCCCGACUUACCCGACGGUACCGGGGAGUUUUUAGACGCUUGGUUGAUGUUGGUGGAGAAGAUGGUGAACCCCAGUACGGUGCUGGAGUCCCCCCACGCUUUGCCGGCGAAAGCUCCCGCUCACGGCCAACCCCAUUUCAGCGCCCUGCGGUUCCUCGUCGUCACCCAGAAGGCGGCUUUUACCUGCAUCAAGCAGCUGUGGAACCGUCGCCCGCUGAAGGUGUACGGGGGUCGGAUGGCGGAAUCCAUGUUGGCCAUCCUGUGUCACAUCCUCCGGGGCGAACCCCUCAUCCGGGAGCGCCUGGGCCGCGAACGGGAAGGAGCUCGCGGAGAAGAAGAACCGGGGAGCGAAGAAGGGGGACCCCGAAGAGAACCCCAAGUCAAUCAGCAACAGCUGCAGCAGCUGAUGGACAUGGGUUUCUCCCGAGAACACGCCAUGGAGGCCCUGCUCAACACCAACACCAUGGAGCAAGCGACCGAGUAUCUCCUCACCCACCCUCCUCCGCUCAUGGGAGGCGUCGUACGAGACCUGAGCAUGUCGGAGGAGGAUCAGAUGAUGCGCGCCAUCGCCAUGUCCUUGGGCCAGGACAUCCCCAUGGACCAGCGGGCAGAGUCCCCCGAGGAAGCCGCCUGCCGCAAAGAAGAAGAAGAGCGUCGAGCUCGCGAACGCCAGGAAGAAGAAGAAGCCAAAUGCCUGGAAAAAUUCGAAGGAGCCGAACCUUUGGAAGCCGCCGAGCUUUUGGCUUUCACCGAUUCCAUGCUUCCCGGUUGUUCCCAACUCCUGGAUGAGCUCCCCGAUACCGUUUACCGCGUCUGCGACCUCAUCAUGACGGCCGUUAAACGGAACGGCGCCGCUUACCGCGACUCCGUUCUCAAACAAGUGGUCAAACAGGUUUGGGAAGCGGCCGACGUUCUCAUCAAGGCGGCGUUGCCCCUCACCACCAGCGACACCAAAACCGUGUCGGAAUGGAUCAGUCAAAUGGCGACUUUACCUCAAGCUUCCAACUUGGCGACUCGGAUCCUUCUCCUCACCCUCCUCUUCGAGGAGCUGAAAUUACCCUGCGCUCGGGUGGUGGAAUCGAGCUGCGUGCUGGACGUCCUCAUCAAACUGCUGGAAGUCGUGCAGCCCUGUCUCCAAGCCGCUAAGGAACACAAGGAAGUGCAAACCCCCAAGUGGAUCACCCCCGUCCUGCUGCUCAUUGAUUUUUACGAGAAGACGGCUGUUUCUUCCAAGCGUCGCGCUCAGAUGAACAAGUAUCUCCAGGCGACUGGGAACAACUGGCGCUGGUUCGACGACCGCUCGGGUCGCUGGUGCAGCUACAGCGCCAGCAACAACAGCACCAUCGACGCCGCGUGGCGCGCAGGCGAGACAAGCGUCCGCUUCACCGCCGGCCGACGCCGUUACACCGUCCAGUUCACCACCAUGGUGCAGGUGAACGAGGAGACGGGGAACAGGCGGCCGGUGAUGCUGACGCUGUUGCGAGCUCCCCGCGCCGGCAAGGGAGGGAAGGACGGCGCCGACGGCGAGCGGGCGACGGAGGAAGGCCGGGAUCCGGAGGGACGGAGCAAGGAAGACACCCCCGCUCCGGAACCACCGUCGGAGGAAGAAUCUUCGGCGGCUCCGUCCUCUUCCUCCUCGUCUCCUUCCCCGUCUUCCGUUUCUCCGGACGAUCCUUCGGGUUGUUCGGAAACUCCGGUGCGAGGUUUAGCGGAAGAAGCCGUUCCGGCUGUUCUCCGAGCUUGCGUCAGUAUGUUGGGGGUCCCGGUGGACCCCGAUACUCUUCACGCCACCCUCCGCCUCUGCCUUCGUCUCACGCGUCACCACAAACACGCCCUCCUCUUCGCCGAGCUCCGCAGCACCCGCACCAUCCUGGGGCUCACCCAGAGUUCGGGGUUCACGGGGUUCACCCCCCUCGUCACCCUUCUCUUCCGACACAUCAUCGAGGAUCCCUGUACCCUGAGACACACCAUGGAGAAGGUCGUGCGCUCGGCGGCCACCAGCGGCGCGGGCAGCACCACCUCGGGGGUGGUUUCGGGGAGCCUGGGGUCCCGCGAGGUCAACUACAUCCUCCGGGUGUUGGGUCCCGCCGCCUGUCGUAGCCCCCACGUCUUCACCGAGGUGGCCACCGGCUGUAUCCGCAUCGCCCUGCCCGCUCCCCGCGGAUCCGGCACCGCGUCGGACGAUGAGUUUGAGAACCUGCGGAUCAAAGGUCCCAACGCGGUGCAGCUGGUGAAGACGACGCCGGUGAAGCCGGCGGCGCUUCCGGCCAUCCCCGACCCCAUCAAAGACGUCAUCUAUGACAUGCUCAACGCUCUGGCCGCCUACCACGCGCCCGAAGAAGGUGACAAGGGGGACCCCAAAACCGCCGCCCCCACCGAGGUCAGCCAGCUCCUCUCCGACAUCGGGGACGACAUGUACCAGCAGUACCGCAGCCUGACGCGCCAGCCCGGCGACUUCGACCCCCCCGCCGGCUUCGCCAUCAACGCCCAGGUUUUCGCUGCCGACGGAGCGGCCGCCGAGACGCCGCCGUCGGGAACCCCCCAGGGAGAAGCAUCCAGCCCCGAGGAAGGCCGGGAAGGCCGGAAGGAGAAAGACGGCGACCGCGGUGAAGAACGUCAACGAUCCAAAGGUUCCAAACCCCUCAUGCCGACGUCCACCAUCUUGCGACUGUUGGCCGAGCUGGUCCGGUCCUACGUGGGUAUCGCUACCCUCAUCGCCAACUACAGCUACACCGUGGGACAGUCGGAGCUCAUCAAAGAGGACUGUAGCGUCUUGGCUUUCGUCCUGGAUCACCUCCUGCCCCACACGCAGAACGCCGAGGACAAGGACACGCCGGCGUUGGCUCGGCUCUUCUUGGCCAGCCUGGCGGCGGCGGGCAGCGGCACCGAUGCCCAAGUGGCUUUGGUCAACGAGGUGAAGGCGGCCUUGGGACGAGCGUUGGCCAUGGCCGAGAGCACCGAGAAGCACGCCAGGCUCCAGGCCGUCAUGUGCAUCAUCAGCACCAUCAUGGAGUCGUGUCCCUCCACCUCCAGCUUCUACAGCAGCGCCACCAAGACCCAACACAACGGCAUGAACAACAUCAUCCGCCUCUUCCUCAAGAAGGGGUUGGUCAACGACCUGGCCAGGGUCCCCCACAGCCUCGAUCUUUCCAGCCCCAACAUGGCCAACACGGUGAACGCGGCGCUGAAGCCGCUGGAGACGUUGUCGCGCAUCGUCAACCAGCCCAGCGGCCUCUUCGGCACCAAGGGCUCCUCCAGCAAGAGCAAGGGGGAGGGGGCCGGGGGGGCGCGGGAAGCCGGAGCCGCACCCCCCGACGGAGGGGACCCCGGGGACCCCGAACCCCCCGAGGAGGACGCGGAGGCGGCGCAGGCGGAGGCGGCCGACGGCGACAUGGAUGGGGAAGCCGAAGGUGACACGGUGGUGCUGGCCGGGCAGCCCGAGGGGCUCAGCACCCAGGAAAUGCAGGUGGAAAACGAGCUGGAGGAUCUCAUCGACGAGCUGCUGGAGAGGGACGGAGCCGCCGGCAACAGCACCAUCAUCGUGAGCCGCUCGGGCGAGGACGAGUCGCAGGAGGACGUGCUGAUGGACGAAGCUCCCUCCAACCUCAGCCAAGCCUCCACGCUGCAGGCUAACCGGGAAGAUUCCAUGAACAUCCUGGAUCCCGAAGACGAGGAGGAACACACGCAGGAGGAAGACAGCAGCGGCAGCAACGAGGACGAGGACGACAGCCAGGACGAGGAGGAGGAGGAGGAGGAGGAAGAUGAGGACGAUCAGGAUGAUGAGGAAGGGGAGGAAGGCGAGGAAGAGGAAGACGACGACGACGGUUCGGAAAUGGAACUGGACGAAGAUUACCCCGACAUGAACGCCUCCCCCCUCGUCCGCUUCGAGCGCUUCGACCGCGACGAUGACCUCAUCAUCGAGUUCGACAACAUGUUCUCCAGCCCCACCGACAUCCCGCCGUCUCCCGGGAACAUCCCGGCCAGCCACCCGCUGCUGGUGCGUCACGCCGAUCACGGCUCCCUUGGUUUGGGGACCGGAGCCGCCACCACCCGCCUGGCGCAGGGUUUGGGGCGCAGCCAGCGCACCCUCCGGCAGCUCACCGCCAACGCCGGCCACACCAUCCACGUCCACUACCCGGGGGCUCGCCAGCCCAACCCCCCCCUCAUCCUCCAGCGGCUGCUGGGCCCCUCGGCGGCGGCCGACAUCCUCCAGCUGAGCAGCAGCCUCCCGCUGCAGAGCCGGGGCCGGGCCCGGCUGCUGGUGGGUAACGAGGACGUUCACAUCAUCGCCCGCUCCGACGACGAGCUCCUCGACGACUUCUUCCACGAGCAGGGCAGCGCCGGCAGCCAGGCAGGGACCCUCUCCAGCAUCCCCACCGCCCUGACGCGCUGGACGGAGGAGUGCAAGGUGCUGGACGCCGAGAGCAUGCACGACUGCGUCUCGGUGGUCAAGGUUCCCAUCCUGGCCCGGCUGGAAGCCCUGCGCGACGAGGAGCUGGACGAGCGGCGAGAGAAACGCCGGCGGCAGGCGGCCGAGGAGGAAGCCAAAGGCGCCGAACGCGGCCCCGAGGACAAGGAGGGCCCCGACGCCCAGGACGCGGCAUCCAAGGCCGCCGCCGCCUCCGCCGACGUCACCCCCCCAGAACACAGCGGGACGACGGGAGAGACCCCCCCUCCCGGUCCCCACCGGACUCUGGUGAUGUUGGAACCGACGCCGACACCCCCAGAUCCCCCCCCGGGAGCCCCCCAAAUUCCCGCUCGUCCCCCUCAACCCCCAGAACACGAAGAAGGGGGGCCCGGACGACCCCCCCAAGAUGCCGAAGCCACUCAGAUGGAGCUGUCACCCGCUCCCACCAUCACGUCGCUGUCCCCGGAGCGAGCGGAGGACUCGGACGCGCUGACGGCGGUGAGCAGCCAGCUGGAAGGUUCCCCCAUGGACACCUCCAGUUUGGCUUCUUGUACCUUGGAAGAAUCGGGGGGGGGGGCUCCCCCUCCUCCGACAGCCCCCCAAAAUCCUCCCGGCACCCCCCAGGGACCCCCGCCCGCCCCCCCCGACGCCGCUCAGCCCCCCGACGAUAGCUCGCCCCCGGCUUCGUCCUCGGAGAGUUCGUCCACCCGGGAUUCGGCCGUGGCCAUUUCGGGAGCCGACUCGCGGGGGAUUUUGGAGGAACCCCUGCCCUCCACCAGCAGCGAGGAGGAGGAUCCCCUCGCCGGGAUCAGCCUUCCGGAAGGGGUGGACCCCUCGUUCCUGGCGGCGCUGCCCGACGACAUCCGGCGGGAAGUGCUGCAGAACCAGCUGGGGAUCCGCCCCCCUGCCCGGGCCCCGCCCACCCCCAGCCCCGCCCCCCCUGUGGUGGCCAAUCCCGGCUUGACGGAGGUCAGCCCCGAGUUCCUGGCGGCUCUGCCUCCCGCCAUUCAGGAGGAGGUUCUGGCGCAGCAGCGAGCGGAGCAGCAGCGUCGGGAGCUGGCGCAGGCGACGAGCUCGGACGCCCCCAUGGACCCGGUGACCUUCAUCCAGACGCUGCCCUCGGAGCUGCGGCGUUCGGUGCUGGAGGACAUGGAGGACAGCGUCCUGGCCGUCAUGCCCCCCGACAUCGCCGCCGAGGCUCAGGCCCUGCGGAGGGAACAAGAAGCUCGUCAGCGCCAGCUCAUGCACGAGAGGCUCUUCGGCCACUCCAGCACCUCCGCCCUCUCCGCCAUCCUCCGCAGCCCCGCCUUCACCAGCCGGCUGAGCGGGAACCGCGGGGUGCAGUACACCCGUCUGGCCGUGCAGCGCGGCGGCACCUUCCACAUGGGCGGCAGCAGCAGCCACAGCAGACCUUCGGGGAGCAGCGUGGACAGCCUGCUACGCCUGCGAGGUCGUUUGUUGUUGGAUCACGAAGCUCUUUCGUGCCUCUUGGUGCUGCUUUUCGUGGACGAACCCAAACUCAACACCAGCCGGCUCCAUCGCGUCCUCCGAAACCUCUGUUACCACGCUCCCACCCGCGGCUGGGUGGUCCGCAGCCUCCUCUCCAUCCUCCAACGCAGCAGCGAGAGCGAGCUCUGCCUGGAAGCGCCUCGAGGAACGUCGUUAACCGACGAAAGACCUCGAAGAACGAGCGGACGAACGGGGAACGUAACCGGGAGCGGAACGGUGGAAUCGCGCGGUUUGGAUUUGUUACAUCGAGUAGAAGCUCGGAGUUCCGGACAACUUUCUUGGCUUUCCGUUUCUAUGGAUGCGGCUUUGGGUUGUCGUACCAAUAUUUUUCAAAUUCAACGAGUUCCGGGAAGGAAACAUACGGAAAAACACGCCGCCGCCGCCGGUUCCGCCGUUCACAUCCAUCCCCAGGCCGCUCCCGUCGUCUGUCGGCACGUCCUCGAUACCCUCAUCCAGCUGGCAAAGGUUUUCCCCAGCCACUUCACCCAACAACGAGGCCGAGAUCCGCCCAACGAUCCGGACCGAGAGCGCGGCCCCCCGAAAUCGGGGGGUAGCCCGUGUCCUCCCCCGCCUCCUCAAACCCCUCCGGCUCCUCCUCCUCCUCCUCCCCCUCCUCCUCCUCCCCCCCCAUCCGGGGGUCUCCCCCAAUCCCUCCCUCCCCCCUCAGGCACCCUUUCCACCGAUUUUUGGGACCUUUUAGUGAAAUUGGAUAAUAUGAACGUAAGCCGGAAAGGGAAAAGUUCGGCAAAAACGGGAGCGGGAAGCGGAGGGCCGGAACCGGAAACGUCGGGAUUGGGUUUAGAAGCGUCUCCUUUGGGACAACUGAUGAACAUGUUAUCGCACGGAGUUAUCCGUCGGAGCGCUCUCCUGACGGAAAAACUUCUCCGACUCCUUUCCCUCAUCUCCAUCGCUCUUCCCGAAGGAGGGAAAGGGGGCGAAGCUGGGACCCCCCAAAACGUCACCGUCACGGCGACCGGCGCUGCUCCGUCCAGCCCGCCGGCGUCGAGCGGGAACGCCGGGAACGCCGCGAGCAGCGGCGGCGCGGCCGGUGCCCCCUCCAAGAGCGCCAAGUCCCCGGCGAAGGGACCCGAGGGGGGCGGCAGCCCCCCCGACCCCCGGAUGGCGGCGACGGGGUUGACCGAGAGCCAGCUCCAGCUCUCCGUCGAGGUGCUGACGUCCCACUCGUGUUCGGAGGAAGGGCUGGAGGACGCGGCCAACGUCCUCCUACAACUUUCUCGGGGCGACGCCGGUACCCGGGACACCGUCCUGCGGCUGUUGCUGAGCGGGGCCCGGCAGUUGGGGGCCACCCUCUGCCGACAGAUCGGCACGCUGCUGGCGGAACUACGGGAAUACAACUUGGAGCAGCAACGCCGGGCGCAGAGCGAGGCGCCUUCCCCCGAGGGGCUCCCCGAGGAGCAGCCCCCCAGCGCCAAGCUCAAGGGCAAGAUGCAGAGCCGGUUCGACACGGCGGAGAGCGUGGUGAUCGUGGCCUCGCAGAAGCGGGCGCUGGGCGGGCGGGAGCUGCAGCUCCCCUCCAUGUCAGUCCUCACCUCCAAGACCUCCACGCAGCGCUUCUUCCUCCGCGUCCUGCAGGUCAUCAUCCAGCUCCGCGACGACACCCGCCGGGCGCACAAGAAAGCCAAGCAGGCCGGCCGCCUGGGUGCCGGGGGCCUCGGGGCGGCUGGCAGCAUCCAGGCAGCCGUCCGGCAGCUGGAGGCCGAGGCCGACGCCAUCAUACAAAUGGUACGUGAGGGCCAGAGGGCCCGGAGGCGGCAGCAGGCAGACACGUCGGAGGCCGGGCAGGCGGACGGAGCUCCCCGUCGCGACGAGUCGCCCAUGGACGUGGACCAGCCCUCGCCCGCCCCGCAGGACGCCCCUUCCGUGGGUUCGGAGGGGUCGCAGGGCGGGGGGGAACGGGACGAACGCCCCCCCGAGCUGCCCCUGCUGAGCGAGCAGCUCUGCCUGGACGAGCUCUGGGACAUGCUGGGAGAGUGCCUGAAGGAACUGGAGGAGUCCCACGACCAGCACGCCGUCCUCGUGCUACAACCGGCGGUGGAAGCUUUUUUCCUGGUACACGCGACGGAACGGGAGAGCAAACCGCCGGUGCGGGACACGCGGGAGAGUCAGCUGGCGCACAUCAAGGACGAGCCGCCCCCUCUGUCACCCGCGCCCCUCACCCCCGCCACCCCUUCGUCCCUCGACCCUUUUUUCUCCCGAGAACCUUCCUCCAUGCACAUCUCGGCCAGCCUGCCCCCCGACACCCAGAAAUUCCUACGCUUUGCUGAGACCCACCGGACGGUGCUGAACCAGAUCCUGCGUCAGUCCACCACCCACUUGGCCGACGGACCCUUCGCCGUCCUGGUUGACUACAUCCGCGUCCUCGACUUUGACGUCAAGCGCAAGUAUUUCCGCCAGGAGCUGGAGCGGCUGGACGAGGGGUUGCGGAAGGAGGACAUGGCCGUCCACGUCCGCCGCGACCACGUCUUCGAGGAUUCCUACCGCGAGCUGCAUCGCAAAUCCCCCGAGGAAAUGAAGAACCGCCUGUACAUCGUGUUCGAGGGCGAGGAGGGCCAGGACGCAGGGGGGCUCCUGCGGGAGUGGUACAUGAUCAUCUCGCGGGAGAUGUUCAACCCCAUGUACGCCCUGUUCCGCACCUCGCCGGGUGACAGGGUCACCUACACCAUCAACCCCUCCUCCCACUGCAACCCCAACCACCUCAGCUACUUCAAGUUCGUGGGGCGCAUCGUGGCCAAGGCCGUCUACGACAACCGUCUCCUCGAGUGUUAUUUCACCCGUUCUUUCUAUAAGCACAUCCUGGGCAAGUCUGUCCGGUACACGGACAUGGAGAGCGAGGACUACCACUUCUACCAGGGUCUGGUCUACCUGCUGGAGAACGACGUCUCCACCCUGGGCUACGACCUCACCUUCAGCACCGAGGUGCAGGAGUUCGGGGUGUGCGAGGUACGGGACCUGAAGCCCAACGGGGCCAACGUCCUGGUGACGGAGGAGAACAAGAAGGAAUACGUCCACCUCGUCUGCCAGAUGCGCAUGACCGGCGCUAUCCGGAAACAGCUCGCCGCGUUUUUGGAGGGUUUUUACGAGAUCAUCCCCAAACGCCUCAUCUCCAUCUUCACGGAACAAGAGCUGGAGCUGCUCAUCUCGGGGCUGCCCACCAUCGACAUCGACGACCUCAAGGCCAACACCGAGUACCACAAAUACCAGGGCAACUCCAUCCAGAUCCAGUGGUUCUGGCGAGCGUUGAGGUCCUUCGAUCAAGCGGACCGGGCUAAAUUCCUACAAUUCGUAACCGGAACGUCCAAAGUUCCGCUACAGGGUUUCGCCGCCCUGGAAGGAAUGAACGGUAUCCAAAAAUUCCAGAUCCAUCGGGACGACCGUUCCACCGAUCGACUGCCCUCCGCCCACACCUGUUUCAACCAGCUGGACCUGCCGGCCUACGAGAGCUACGAGAAGCUGCGGCACAUGUUGCUCUUGGCCAUCCAGGAGUGCUCCGAGGGGUUCGGCCUGGCGUAGCCGCGGCGGCAGGGGAGGGGGGACGACCCCCCCCACACCACCACCGCCCCCACCCCCCCUUUUUCCCUACCCCUCACCCCACCCUAAAACAGCGCCCCCCCCCCCCCUCCCCCCCGCGGCAGAGACGGCAAAGGAUCUCUAUAAAUAUAUAUAUAUA